UCUCCUGAAUUGAAUCCAAUCAAGCAAUUUUGGUUGAUUGUAAAGAACUCAACAAAAAAAAAACUAGUGACAGAAACAGUGCCUUAUCGAGUGAUUUGCAAGCCUUUUUUAUUUAUAGUGGCAAAUAUGUUUUUGUACCAUUACACAUUUGAGGACUAA